UGUGGCCUCCUCGGAGGAGGCACCCACAAAUGGCGUGAGGCUCACAGAUCUCGCAAACUGUGCACAAUGCAUCAAUCUGGGUGCCUGUAGAUGUUGUAAUUAGAAAUUUGAGGCGACGCAAUUGGUGGGUUUUAGCGAUUUUCUCAGGGGAAACGAUCGUCUGUUGUUAGCAAUGUUAUUUGCUGAGAUAGACUUGUGAGAUUUUCGACGUAGGAGCUUGCAGGUGCUGCAGGGCUUUUGCUUGACGGAUCUGUGGGAAAUUUUUGUGUCCAAUUAAAAUAAUUGAGUGAUUUGAGUGACGGGGAGGUUUGGUAUUUCUAAGUACACUGAAAAAAGUUGCGGAAUUGACGCAAAGAUGUGUGUAUGUGUUUUGGUGUAAUUCUGGAGCUCAAUUCUGGCGUUUGUAGGGUGGAAGUUGGGGCAGUGUGUAUCUGCACCCCAUCGUAAUUAGCUCUGGAGUGUUGAUGAUGAGAGUAGAGAACCUCUUGUAACCCUAACGGUACCGGGGCCAUGCCUCCUCACAAUGUUGAAAUCGAGUGCACAGCAUACUGCAGAUGUGGUUAUUGCUGCAAUUGGGAAUGGGGUCUAAGGCUACCGGUUGCAUUCCCAUUUUAUCUUGGCUUCUCUCUUUCAUUGAUGCCAGUACGGCUUCGUGCUCGCAAGAAGGGUAAUAGGGAGCCUCAAAGACUGCCUUUCUUCUGCAAGUUUUGGACUGCAACCACACAGAGUGGACAACCCUAUUAUGGACUCACGUCAAGUGGCAGCUAUCCAGCUCAGGCCCGGCCACCUAUCUUCUCCCAGCUGAGUCUGAUGAACUACCGCAAUCUUCCAGCUCGUCUGCUAUUUUUCCCGUGGAGGCUCUUGCCACGCCAUGGCACGAUCGCCGCUGACACUGACUAUUACCCGUUUGGCACCCGUAUGUUUAUUCCUGGCUAUGGAUGGGGCGAGGCUUGGAAAUGUAGGUUGAGGAUCGAGGGGGCGCAAUUAAGGGGCCGUAUCGAAUCGAUCUGUACCACAGCUCGCAUAAGGCUGCACUUCAAUGGGGUCGUCGUAAAGUUCAGGUACUGGUUAUCAAGCCAGGCCAAAGUAGGUUGGAUUCUAUGAACGUCCCCAGACCCAUCAAGUCAGCCCUCAAGGGCUUGAAUUGGAUACGUUCACUCCUGUUUUAGGCUCACCACUUAUUUUCCUGUAAAUGUGUCUCACUGCAAGUUAUAAGUGUUAGUGCUGCAUCAAGCCCGUGUGUACAACUCCAGGUUUCAGUUGAGUUCCAUUAUGGCUGUUCAUCGUGUAUUCUCAAUCGCACUAUGUAACAAGACAAUGGACAGUUGUGGGUACAAGUGUUUCUGAAGUUAAUUAGUUUGUUUCUUCAACUGUGAUUUUUCGGUUUGAUUCGAUUCAUACCCGAAGGUACCACAAACAUUAGUAUCAGCGGAAGUUUUUAUCGAAAGAUUAUUGUGUUGGUGAGUCACGAGCAAGAGGUUGUUUUUGCUGAGGUUCGCCCUAGAUUGUACAUUUUAUCACAUUUGAGAAUGAUGAAGUUUCUACUGCUGACACUUUUAUCACUA